AUGCUCCCGGGGCUGCCCUCUCUGCUGAGCUUGGCCGUGCUGUGGCUGGGCAGCACGGCGCCCCCGGGCCUCUCGGAGCCGUCUGUGAAGUGCUUUUCUGAGACGGGUCCAUCUAAAGAGUGGAUGGUCAGAAACAGCCUGACUCCGGGAGGCUUGCAGACACUCCACGUGGAUUCCGUUGCCAGCCCCUCCGCCAAUUCGGACACAGUCCACCUGAACGUAAGCUGGACACUCAAGCAAGACGGAAGUAUCCAGAUGUUAAAGGCCACCAAAAUCUGUGUGGAUGGAAAAGGCCAAUUCUUGUCCCACAGCUGUGUGAGAUGCAAUUACACAGAAGCAUUUUACAAUCAAACCCCACCCAGCGGAGGCAAAUGGGAGUUUCAUUAUGUUGGAUUCCCUAUACAGUCUGACACCGUUUAUUUCAUCAGAGCACAUAAUCUCCCCCCUGCAAAUAUGAAUGAGGAUUCUACUGCCAUUUCUGUGGAAUUCAUCUCACCAGGCUGCCAAGACCCAGUGAUGAAAUAUACCAGAAGGUGUCGAGAAGAUGGGAGUCUAUGGACCCCCAACAUCACUGCGUGUCAGGAGGAGAACAUUGUAAAGGUGAAUUUUAGCACCAGCAGCUUUGGGCUCAACUACAAUGUUUUGGUGUUCAAGGAGGGAGAAAUACUGAACAACCCAGAAAUAAUGGAGUUAAACCAGAGCCAGGUUUCUGUGGUCAUCCCAGUGCCGGUGGAGAAAGGUAAUGGGGACACAGUGCAGAUAAUUCCUUAUUUCUCUACAUGCAAUAAUGCAUGCCUACGGCGUAGUGCAACUAUAUUCAGCUGUCCAGAAAUAAUCAGACCAGUAGGACCAAAGAAAAGCCAACCAUGGAAAUAUCAGCUGUUCAUCAUCCUACCCACUCUGGGCAUGGCCCUGUGGAUGCUAGCUAUUGGACUCUAUCUUCUGUGGAGGCAUGAAAGAGUCAAGAAGAUUCUCUUUCACACCCCAGUGCUCCUUCCACCCAUCAAGGUGCUUAUCAUAUACCAUCCCCAUGUCUGCUUCUAUCACUCUGUCUGUGAUUUUGCCGAGUACCUGCAGGAUCACUGCAGAAGCGACAUCAUCCUUGACCAGUGGCAGAAGAGGAAAAUAGCAGAACUGGGCCUCGUCCUGUGGCUCACUACCCAGAAGAAGGUGGCAGACAAAAUUGUAUUCUUCUUCUCUAGCCAGGUGUGCACAUGUGAGAGCUUCUGUAACCCCAAUGCAGGUGGGCAUAGAGAGAGUUCCCAAGACCUCUUUACUCUGGCAUUUAACCUUUUCUGUAGUGAUCUGAAAAGCCAGGUUUCCUUGCACAAAUACCUUGUCGUCUUGUUUGGGAAAGCCACCUUGGCUGAGGAUCACAGUGCUCUUGGUGUUUGCCCCAAGUACCAGCUGAUGAAGGAUGCCAAGCCCUUCUGUAAAGACCUCCUUACAAUUUAGUCCUGGAGACUGGCUGUACGCCUCAGGGCUCACCCCAGCUCAUUUCCCUGAAUCACAAGGAGAGGAAGGAUGAAGGGACCAGGAGAAGUAGAGCCUGAUUCUAGCUCUGGAAGUGGAGGGGAAAAUUGCUCAAGAAUUUUCCUCAUGGGAGUUUAUCUGUCAAUUGGGAAAUGGCUGGACAAGUUGAUUGUGAUAGAGUACUAUUGUGCUAUGAGAAAUGAAUAGGAAG